AUGUUCCUACAAAAUUUUUCUAAUGAUGAUCUAUAUCCGGAUGAAUUUUCUUUAUUACUAACUGAAAAAUUCCCAUAUUUAAUGUCUGACGAUGGUGGGCCCCUAGAUAAUGAUGAGCCCUUGGAUGAUGAUGAGCCCUUGGAUAAUGAUGAGCCCUUGGAUGAUGAUGAGCCCUUGGAUGAUGAUGAGUUUUUGGAUGAUGAACUCUUGAAUGGUAAUGAGCCCUUAGAUGAUGUUGAGCCUUUAGAUAACGAUAAUAAUAAUAAAAUACCUUCUUUAAAUAAUAAUUCACAUACUUUUACUCAAAAAAUUAAGAGAAAAAUUAAUAAAGUUAACAAAAAAAUUAGAUGUCAUGAAUGGAUAGGUAGUAAUAAUAAGUUUCGAAAAUGCCCAAAUACUUUUGAACUCAAAACUAGUACAACAAAUUUAGCUACUUAUCUUUGUGUUGAGCACAGAUUAGACAAAAAUGGACCUUUAUUAUUACUAACUAUAAAAAAACUACAAGUAGAUCUCACAAAAGAUAAAGAAAGAGAUGUUAGAAAUAAUGCAAAAGCACUUGAAAUACUGCUUUUUAAUGAAGAUAAUUUAUUAGGUAUACAGGAAUUAGUCGAAUUGCUAGGCCCUUUUGUAUACGUUACAACUAUUGUUGGUGAACCAACAUUUACACAUCUAGUUGUUCGCAGUGUGCAUGAUGAGAUUGAGCUAUCAUUUGAAAGCUGUUGGGAUAAACUAGCAUUAGAAGGAUACAUCGCAGCAAUUCUAAACCUGAGGUUUAAAGAUCUAAGUUUUGAGUCAAAAAAGUUUGAACAAACAAAAAAUAAAUUAAAGCAUAGAAUGAAAAAUGCACAAAACAUGCAUCAAUCAUCUUUUUGUGAAACAAAUCAACCCCCUUCCUUACUAA